AUGCUACCACUAAAUGCUCACUGCUAUUCCAACCCCUUUAACGCUCUUGACUUUCUACCUGGUAUUUUUACUCACUUUCCUGCUCAAUCAUCUCAUCCCAUCACAGCUACAUAUAUGUACACCCACGUACCAUCGUCAUCUCAUCCCAUCACAGCUACAUAUAUGUACACCCACGUACCAUCGUCAUCUCAUCCCAUCACAGCUACAUAUAUGUACACCCACGUACCAUCGUCAUCUCAUCCCAUCACAGCUACAUAUAUGUACACCCACGUACCAUCGUCAUCUCAUCCCAUCACAGCUACAUAUAUGUACACCCACGUACCAUCGUCAUCUCAUCCCAUCACAGCUACAUAUAUGUACACCCACGUACCAUCGUCAUCUCAUCCCAUCACAGCUACAUAUAUGUACACCACGUACAAUUAUUCUCAUACUGAGUAG